AUGAAGCGGCAGAGAGGUGUGACUGUGAACGGUGUUGUCAGGCCCAUGAACAAUCCUCCCAAUGUUGAUGAUGUGGCGGCAAUGGGGAAGAAGAAAGUGAAGAAAGAGGUUGAGCAGAAGGUGGGGAAGAGUGUGUUGCAGGAAGAGGAGAGAAAGGAAGGCACCAGAGACAUGGUUGGUGGGUUAUUGCAGCAGCAAGGAGCAAGAGACGGUGGCAUGAUGGGUUGGAAUUGGGAGGAGAAUAAUCAGAACAUCCCUUGGUUGAGAGGUGUGGUGGAUGAGCAAAUGUCAUGGGGUUCCACUUGGGUCCCUGCUUGGGACAUGGACUUCUUGGGGGGUGAUGCUUUCACUGACCUGUACAAUGAUGUUGUUUGGGAUGAUGAUAUCUGGAAUCUCAACAACCAAAUUCCAAUUCCCCUUGAUAGAAAGAGGUUUAAUUGGGGGUAG